AUGAGUCACUCACAAUAUUAUUCAUGCAUUUCGAUUUACUCCUCUACUCCCCUCCACCCCACAAUGACUCCACUUUCCUACUCUGCUAUUGUUACCAAGAACAGAGUAGCGGAAGUGUCGACGUCAGCUCCAGAGGCUCCAAAAUGCUCACUAAAAAUUAGUCCAUCCAAAAUUAAGAUGAGCAUUAAGCACAAGAAAGGACCAGUCAACUCCUGUGGAAUUGACUUCGAGAAGGCCUACGUGGAGCAUAAGAUCUCCCAAGAAAUCGAGUCGUUCGGCAACACGGACCAUCACGUGGCAUUGGAGGAAGCUGCGAAAUGUUUCAAGGAAGCGAUGUAUCGCUGCUUUCCAGAUGCAAAAUGCCUGAUGACUGGAUCCCUGGCUGCCGGAGUAGACAUUCAUACUUCAGAUCUUGACUUCUCAAUUAAGAUCCCAAGUAUGACCCAGGGAUCAACGUUUCAGAAGCUAAAGGAAAUUUCGGACCGAUUGAAAAGUGUUUCGUACAAAAUCAAAGACGAACCAGUUUUUUAUAAGGUUAAAGUCCAGAGAGCCAAUGUACCUGUCCUUCAAAUGAAGCACAUUAAAACUGGCGUUAUUAUUGAUGUGACCAUUGACAACGACACUUCAAAACGGAACACCCAGUUGCUCAGAUGGUACGCCAAAAUUGAUAAGAGAUUCCCGCUCCUUUGCAAAGCGGUCAAAGCAUGGGCAUCGAAGGUCGGAGUGGAGGGAUCCAGUAAGGGAAGACUCAACAGUUUUUCCAUUUGUUUGAUGCUUAUCAACUACCUUCAAGCGGGAGUCACACCAGCAGUCCUACCUUCGAUCCAGCGAUUCUCCCGAAAUUUCAAUAAAAAUUUUGCUGUAGGAGAUAAAUAUAACGAUUUCGAUUGGAGGGAAAAAAUUGAAAAAGAUGGAAAAUUUGUGCUGGAUGCAAAUAAGAGCUCUUUGGCAGCUCUUUAUCUUGGAUUCCUGAAAUACUAUUCCGAAUUCGAUUUCAAAAAGAAUUGGAUCUCUGUGAAACGAGGAAUUGUGAUGGAGAAGAGAUGGGAUGAACAAGAGAAUCGGUUGGGUGGAUUGCCAAAAGAUUCCCUAUACAUCGUAGUUGAAGAUCCAUUUUUGACUGUUCCCAGGAACUGUGCGGGAACAGUUCGACAGUCGAAUACUAUGAAGAGAAUUCAAGAAGAAUUCGAUGAUGAAUGGCGCCAAACUCUCAAAUCCGAAACCAUUUUUAAUAGAGAUUUUUCAAACUGGAGAAAAAGAAUUGUUGAGAGUGGAAAGGCACGAGAUCUCCAAAUUCACGAAUGGGAGAAAGAAUUGAAGGCAUUAGAAGAGGAAGAAGACGAUGAUUCUGGUUGGGGAACUUCCAGUGAUUGUAGCAGUUUGGACAGUGAAUUCAUAAGGCUGGCACCAGAAGAAUAUUGGGAGGAGAGGUAUACUUUCUAUGUCAGUAAACCAUGGCCGGAAAUUUUCAAUUAUUGUCUUCAUUGGUAA